CGACAACCCAACGUCCGCACUGCUCCGCUAAUCAUCCAUGCGACACCAGGCAACGGUAGCCAGGGUGACAAUUGAUUGCAGACCGCCUGGAGCAGUUGAACCAACAAAUAGUUUGCCAGUAAAACUCUUCGUAUGCAACGCUCUGUGGGGGAGCAACAUCAACAGCGGCGGUGGUGGUGGUGGUGGCAGCUUUCUUCGCGGAUUUUUUUGUUAAAAAAUACAAAUUGAACUCAAGACAGCGGUUUACGUUUAAACAACAACAACAAAAACACGACAAAAAAGUCGGAGUCAAAAAAUCGAGAGACCGAGACUCGAGAGGCAUGGAAACAGCGGAGAAGGAUCGCCCCUUGAUUUACGCAAAGUUCAGAGGACCGGGGCCUGCCAAGUACAAGCUGCCACCCACGCUGGGCCACGGCGGGCACGACGUCUCGAAGCGCGCCAGCCCGGCCUACACCAUGUCCGCCCGCUACGACGACCCAAGGUUCCCGAUGGCCAAGACUCCCGGACCAAAGUACUACUCCCCGAGCCUCACCCGCCACGGCCUGGAGGGGUCGCCGGUCUACUCAAUACAGGGCCGCCACCGCGAACGGACGCUGGCGUUCCGCACGCCGGGCCCGGGUGCGUACGCGAGCGAGCGGCUCUUUUCGCCGAGCGAGGCGCGCGCUCCCGCGUACUCGCUCGCCGAGCGCACCGCGUCGCGCAGCGUUGACCUCGUGCCAGCGCCCAACGCCUACAGUCUGCCGAGCACGCUGGGCUCCCACCUGCCGCACCGCCGCUCGGCGCCCAGCUUCUCGGUGUCAGCCCGCCGCUCCGUUGGGGGUCACGCCGAGGACCUGGCCCGGACGCCGGGCCCAGCACGCUACGACGCCGCCCACGCCUCGGACCUGCGGCCGCACCGGGCGCCGGCGUGGUCGCUGCAGAGCCGCAGCCGCCUACCCGGCGACAACACGCAGAAGCCGGGCCCCGGCGCGCACCGGCCCGAGACGUGCGUGUCGGUGACGACGCGCCGCGCCCCGACGUUCCGCAUGGGAGUCCGGCAUUCGGACUACGUCAUGCCGCUCAUUUGCUGAUGGCGCGGUGGCGGUGGCGGCGGCGGUGGCGGUGGAUGUGUGUGUUGCCACUGGUGCUGAAACGGAGAGAGCAAAUACUCGUUGGUUCUUUCGGUAAAGUCAUGUAGGUAGAAAUAAAAUAAAAUAAAUCACGACGUUUUGAACGCAACACAAGCGCCGGUCUUCAGCUGCGACAUCUGCUGCGAGCAGCACGAUGUCUGCUCCCUACCCACGUGACUUUACCGAAAGAAACAAAGAGUAUGAGUUCCUGCAGUCACGAAAAGCUUCAAAUCAGGAGAGAGCAAAGUGGAAAGUGAAAAGGUGGUGAGGCUUGCGAUGCGGAAGAGUGAAGGAUGCAGGCGGUUAAGCCCAUUGGCUCUCAACCGGGGGUGCACGUAACCCUGGCGGUACGUGGCAAUGCCCCAGUGUCGCAUUCAUUGUGCUUAUUAUGCUUACACUAUUGAUUUUCAUUGUUCAUACAUUUAUUUCCUGGAACUACGUUGGGUCAGGCAAGGGGGUACUCAGUUGAAACAAAAGUCAACACGGGGUACAGUAGCAAAACAAGGUUGCGAACCACUGGUUUAGCCAACCGAAGGCGAGGGCUGCUCUUAAGUUAGCCGAGCAGAUGCGAGCACAAGCCCUCGGACUGAUCGCCAACCCAAUCGACGAUACAACUAGCCACGGCUCCAAUUCUGGUCACAACCCUCAAGCCUGAUUGACUCGCCAACGGGCCAACACCAUUGAGCCGAGCACUAAGAAACUAACCAACCCGCCGCUGGUAUCGUCUGUAACAACGACGCUAACCCUAACCAGCUCGUCAAUCAGACACUAAUCCUAGUCUACUAAUCCAAACCCUUGUCAUCCGUCCCAAGCAAAACACUAACGCUACCCCUAACCAUCCACACAUUGGUCAUAACUAACUAUUGAAACUAUUUUGCAUUUUACCAGCUAAAGUCUACUGAGCUAUGUCGCUGUUCUUCAGAAGUGACGUGGCCACAAAUUAUAUCUCAACGAAGUGGCUUAUCAUCGUGUGGAAAUUUAUAGCAGCCAAAUACUCUAAAUGAAUGAUUCUAAGUGUGGAGAGAAAACCCGGAGGACCGGGAGAAAAUCCAUGCGACCACGAGGAGAACGUGCAAACUCCAAAUAUACAGGCGUCAGGGUCGUGAUUGAACCCCGACCUCCUGUAUAUCAGGCGAGGUAGUUAACAUCUCCUAGCCACCGUGAUGAUGAUGAGAGAGAGAGAGAAAUAUGCAAAAUCCAAAUAUACAGCAGCAGACAUCGUCAGGGUCGUGAUCGAACCCCGACCUCCUGUAUAUCAGGCGAGGGAGUUAACAUCUCCUAGCCACCGUGAUGAUGAUGAGAGAGAGAAAUAUUCAAAAUCCAAAUAAACAGCGGCAGACAUAGUCAGGGUAGGGGUCGAACCACAACCUCCUGUAUACCAGGCGAGGGAGUUAACAUCUCCUAGCCACCGUGAUGAUGAUGGGAGAGAGAAAUAUGCAAAAUCCAAAUAUACAGCAGCAGACAUCGUCAGGGUAGGGAUCGAACCUCAACGUCCUGUAUACCAGGCGAGGGAGUUAACAUCUCCUGGCCACCGUGGGGCUACUGCCCAGACCCCAAACUAACGAACCAACCAGACCGGAGUACUCGCUCUCUGACUCGGCCAAAGCCGAACUACAACAACCCUCUUCCAUGUACCGUAUGUACCGUAUGUUGAACUUAUUUCGCACCGUACGUAGCCAACCGUGCUAAUCGGAGGUGCGGGAGGUGGCGAGGAAAGAGCUCUUUUGACUUUUUGUUCCAUUUUCAGUUUUGGUGUGGACAACACAUACCUGUCAACCCUUUAUCAGUGCUUACCUUAUUACAGACCAAUUCAGACCUUAUUGAUCACCCGUGCCCUUAUACAUUUCAACGUUCAUUCUACAAAGUCCCAUCACAAGGGAGAAACACAAACAAAUAGACACGGUUUUUUUGCCCGUAAUGAAACAUGUACGCCUGGACCUGAAAACGUAAUUUCCCUGUACAAGCACACGGGUAAACCGUUUGGGUUGACAGGUAUGAUAUACACUACUAUACACUACACUAUACACUGCAUUAUACACUACACUAUACUAUAACGGUGAAACUCCUUAUCAGUGCCUGCCUUAUUACAGACUCAAUUCAGACUUUAUCGGUCACCCCGUGCCCUUCGAAAUCUCAACGUUGAUCAUACAAAGUCCCAUCACAAGGGAGACACACAAACAAAUAGACAAAAAAAUGGUUUUGCCCGUAUUGAAACGGCUGUACGCCGUAUGGACCUGAAAACUCAAUUUCCCUGUACAAGAAUACGGGGUAAACUGAAUGGCUUGACAACACGUGGCCCAUCGGAGCGUGUGGGAAGUUUGAGGGGGGGCAUCGAUCUAAAGAGUGAAUUUAUUUUGGUGAUGGUGGGGCGAAGGUGGGAGGGGGGGCUAACGAAUCGAGCACCGUUCCCGCUGCUUGACAACUGUCUAAGUAAGCCUUCACGCGUGGCUUGUCUUCAGAAUAACCUAUUCACCUCUUGGGAUAGUGUUGCAUUAUACAAGCGCCCAUGUAGAGCGCAAAUACACGCUUUUGGCUUCAUCUGUUAUACACGCGCACUGUAAAUGCUGUAUUGUGCACUGGAGUGUGUUCCAUUAAAUGUUGGUACUGUAUUGUCAACAAUGAAUUGCGUUUAAAGCGAAACGAAACAACAAUACAUCCUCCCGGGAAGCUGCCAUGAUGCAAUCCGCAUACCGGACUUGCGCUCCGGGGGUCGCCGGUUUGGUUGGAACAUCGGUGGCAAGUUUCAUAAAUUUAGGGGCAGUAGGGGGGGGGGGGUCCCACUGCCCCUAUCCACCCAGCAGGGCCCACUACCCCUAUUCACCCUGCAGUGUAAAUGUGGGGUCACCACACUUAGUCGGUCGGCAGGUUGCGUGUGGUGGGGUAAAGUGGUGGGGCGCCACGGUGGCGAGAUGUUAACUACCUCGCCUGGCAUACAGGGGGUUGUGGGUUCUAUCCCGACCCUGACGCCUGCUGUAUAUUUGCAGUUUGCGUGCUCUCCCAACGGUGGUGUGGAUUUUUUCCUGGGUCCUCCGUUUUUAAAUCCUUUAUAUUAAGUUCGCUUGCUUGCUUGCUUGCGUGCUUGGCUUGCUUACGACCGUGCAAAUCUUUCGGUCGUUUUUUAACCCACUUCCCGUGAUCCAAUCGAGAUGACAUUUUUUACACAGACUCGUUGUGCGAGACAAUGAAUGUUCGUGAAAUUUUUUUUCCAAGAUUUUACACUGUUUAGGGAAAACAAAUUAAAUAUUUACUUACCAAUUGCUUAAUACUGGCAGACAAUCAUCUGACCCAUAGGUGGCAGCCAUCUCAAGCCAGAGGACGAGAGGACUCUAGCCGCCACGCAUAUAAAGGAUUUAUAGUGAAAAACUUUUUUUUACGGGUUAUACUUAUUUUACCCCUCCACAUUUAGAAACACGCUUUUAAAGUAUUUGGCUCCUGUAAAUGUCCACGUGAUAAGCCACUUUUCUUGAGCUAUCUUUUGUGAUAGCCAGAUCGCUUCUGACAAAGAGCUCCAUAGCUCAGUGGGCCUUACGUGGUAAAAUAAAAUAAAAAGUGUAAUUUAAAGUGUGAGUACGCCCGCCUCUCCCAAGACGUCUAGUCAGCACGGAAGAGUAGGCCAAAACACCAUCUGGAGGGGCUCUCUAGAGCUCCCCUUGGUGGAGGCCCAUCCGCCAGCAAUGUGGAAAUAAACUUUUCCUGUUUUCCUCUCUGCCCAUCGAAUGCCGUUAAGCAAAUAGAACGUGACAACCCAGUAGAAGGUGAGCUGAUGCAACGCACGAUUUUAUGGAGCGUAGCCAAAUGAAAUCUGAUCGCAGAUUAAUGCGGGUUUUUUUUUGCCUGCACUGUAUAGUACAAACAUAUCACGUACAUCAACAGCGUGAUUGCAGCGUGAGUAAAGUGUGUCGUAAACCCUCCACCACCUGACGCAGCUGAUGAACAAAGUUGCCGUGUGAUGAACGAACGUGCCCGAUGUAUUGCUGUUAUGUUUUUAGUCUACCAACGCACCUGUGGUGUUGCUGAAGCGGCAAUAAUAAGGUCAUGGGGCGUUGAAACUCGUUUUUUUAGAACUGCUUUUUGUGUUUUAGUUUUUUGUCCUUCCUCUGUACCCUUUCGAUUAGCACGGUUGGCUACGUACGGUGCGAAAGAACUUCAACAUACAUGCACAAUACAAUGAUUUUGCACGUGU